GUCAGUUCCUGCUCUUACUUCCUUCUCUAAAAAUAUCCAGAUCUCCAAUCUUUCAGUCAAGCUUGAAGAUGUGGGUGUCUUUGAGGAGCAUUCCUUGCCCGAUCUGUGCCUUUGUAUUUGUCAUCUGUGUGGCUGGGACUGGGGCUUCCACUCCCAUUCUGAACGGAGCUGUGGGGCACUCGGUCUCCUUGCAUCCUUCAGUCAUACUUGGAUGGAACAAUGAUGCUGUGUGGAAGAAAGCACCAAACGUCACAAUAACAAAGUCCUCAGAUGGCAACAUUAAAUACUAUGGUCCUGAGGAGUACAAGCGACGGGUAACUUUUCAUCCCACGAACUACAGUCUGGAAAUCCGUGAUCUACAGAGAGACGACGCUGGUGAUUAUGAACUAACAGUUACAGAUGAAUUAGGAGGUGAUAAGAAGGGGAAAGUCCGACUGGAGGUAUACGAGCCCGUGUCAGGAACAAACAUCACAGUUCAGAACAUCCCCGGGACCUGCAACCUCACCCUGACCUGCUCCGUGACCUCAGGCAACCCCACCAGCUUCAGGUGGUGGAGGGGAGGAGAAGCUGUGAGAAACGACAGCACCCAUCACCUCUGGGAACACGGAGAGACGGUAGAGGUUCAGCACACAACAGGGGUGGAGGAUGUUGUGUACAAGUGUGAGGCCAGGAACCCCGUCAGUGAGGGCACGGCACAGAUCCGGCUGGGGGACGUCUGUAACAUAACCACACCUGCUCCACGUAACGGAGAACAGAAUACUGUAGUAUCUGUCACUGUUGGACUCGUCCUGUUAUUAUUGCUCAUUGUUGGAAUUGUGUGCUUCGUAAAAAGGCGUUCAGUUCGCUCACAAUAUUUUACCCAGAGAGGAAGCAAAACAGGAGAGAACAGGUCUGCAGACACAGUGCCCGCAAUGACUGUUUACGCAGAGGUUCAGAGACCUGGAGCCAGCCGGCAGCCUCCAGAGGGCAACGAGAUGCAUCACUGCCAGGAGGAGAAGAAGGAGGAUCCUGUCACCGUGUAUGAUACUGUCAAGUGUCCUGGGACCCCAUACCACAUGACCCAGUAGAGGGUCCCUUGCCCAUUGUGAACCAGGAGGCUAACUGGUUCAACUCAAUCCAAUUAGACUGGCUCUCCCACCAACAAAGCCAUGUUAUCUUUGAUCAACCUUGUUCCUCAGAACAUUUCCGAAAUAAAUUCCCUGCCACUGACGUUAGACUCACCAGGCUGUAAUUACCUGGUUUAUCCCUGCUGCCAUUCUUGGAUAAAGGCACCAGAUUCCUUUGGUAGCCUCUGGGGAGCCCGUCCCAGGACGGCAGGAACUUGUGUGGGCUUUCUGGCAGUUCAUUGCAACUGAAAGGCUUGCUGGGACAUUUCACAGGUCAGUUAAGAGUCGACCACAAUGCUGUGAGUCUGGAGUCAUGUGUAAGGUCACACCAGGCAAGGAUGGCAGAUUUUAUUAACUUCCAAAAUGCAAAUUUGAAUUCAUCACCAUGUGCUGCGGUGGGAUUUGAACCCAGGUCUUGGGUAUCUGGAUUAUUAACCCAGUGAUAACCAUUGCUGUCUCAGGGAAAUGUUUCUUUUUUUCUUGCUGAUGUACUUUGUUUAUAAAAUAUGAAU